UAGUGUUAUUUGUGUUACCCAGGUAGGUGUGUUUCCCCAACUGCUGCUGGGCCCGCGUGUUGACGGUGACUUCCUUCCAGCCGAACCUGAAGUGUUGAUGACUCAGGGAAAUCACAACAGUGUGGACAUCAUAUUUGGAGUCAAUUCUCACGAGGGCGGCUCUCAGGCACUCGCAUUCUACGCCUUCGAGUCUGUAAAAUCAAAUUUUCUGAACAACUUCGCCAAGUUUGGUCCAGCGUCACUUCACUUAGAAGAUGAGACUAAACCUGUGGAACUUGCCACCAAGAUCUUUGAUCAAUAUGUUGGAGGUGUUAAAGUUAACUUGGAAGAUGCAGAGAAUAUCUGUCGGAUGUUUAAUGAUCGUCUCUACAACAUACCUCAAGACACAGCAGCCAUUAUCCAUGCUAAAAAUAUGGGACCUAAUAAGAAAAUAUUUUUACUUGAACUAAACCAUAAAGGUCAACGAUCAUUGUCAAGUCAUUUAAACGUCAGCGUUGGUCGGCACUGGGUGACCCAUGCGGAUGAUAUGUUCUACUUGUUCACUGGCGAGAAGACUCACUGGAAGCCGCUGGAGUGGCCAGACGACCUCAGAGUGAGACACAUUAUGCUUAAACUCUGGACCAAUUUUGCAGCUACUGGGAAUCCAACACCUGAUGACUCUCUAAAUAUAGUGUGGGAAGCUGCACGUCCAGACAACCUCCAUUACUUGUCUCUCACACUGACGCCCACCAUGAAGGCAGACUAUAGGCACAUGGUUCGUGCUUUCUGGGAGUCACUGCCACUUAAGCAGAACUUGCUGCUUCACUCUGAGAAAUUUAAACUCUCAGAAGCUAAAGCUGAACUUGAGGAAAUGAAAGAAGAUUUGGAUCAUGAGAUGCAAUUUCAAAUGGAAAAUGAACCAAAAAAAUCUACUGCACGGAAUGAGUUGUAAUCUUGACAUAAUGAAAACUACUUAUCCACUUAUCGUUGGAAUACUGACUUCCAAUCCUGAUACGGAAUGAUUAUCUUCAUAGAUUUAUCAGAGGUUUAUUAUUGUACACAAUUUGGUGGGGUAUAGAGCCAAUAGAUUACAGAGGCAUAUUGUAACCAGGUACUGAACUAACUUAUCUUGGGAGUGAACAAGUUUCAGCAUUAUAUGUACCAGUUACUGACACCCAGGUACUGGGUUAACUUUUCUUGGGCGUUGUAUGUUAUUUAGAUCUCAUCUAGAAUGGCCCAAUAAAAAUAAGUAAUGUUUCAUUAUAAGGGAUAUAACAGUCUUCUAAUAACAAAAACAUUGUUUGAGAAUCCUAACUAAUGUAAAAUGUUCGUUUGGUGUUGCUGCUGCGGGAUACAAUGUGGUCACCAGUAUGUGAUCUUUGGUGUUGCUGCUGCGGGAUACAAUGUGGUCACCUUUAUAUUUUACCUAGUUAAUAAUAUCCAGUUUUCUCGUUCAAUGCUACUUAUUGUAUUUAGUAUAUAUACUGUUCUUUUCAUUUGUUUACCCAACAUUUUGUAUAUCAUUACUGUACCACAAGUAUUCUUGCAUACAACAUAUUCAGUUAUAUUUUUCGAUAGACAGUAUACAUUUUUUCCUUCCUGUUUUAAAAUUACUUUUUGCCUCUGCAGUUUUUUAUUUUUAUUUUAGCAUAUACUCGUGAAAUAUUAAUAUAUACCCUGAACCUUGUCUCUAGAUAAGAUACUGCCUAAGCUAUCUCUGUUUGAUCUUUCACCAUCAUGUAGAGAUGGCGAUAAUAUUUUGGGUAUUCUUGCCAAGAAUCCAAAAACAAUCCUUACUAUAUGAGUGAGGGAGUGUCCCUGGGGUCUGUUUUUCAAAAUUUAAGGAAGGAAGCAAUUCAUCUAUCUAAAUCCGAAAUGCGAUAAGUCAUCAUUCAGAACUGAUGGUAAAUUGUAUAUAUGAUGGCCUGACAAAGAUGUGUGGUUAAUAUAAUAUUUAUUGACCCUGUGUUUCCAUUGCCAGGGCCUUAGUCACACCUCAGCAAAUUGACUCAGAAGUAUAAUCCACCAAGCUGAAAGAUUUUUGUAAUGGUGAUGAUCUAGAAAUUGCGAUAAAAAAAAACUUCUUUCCGUUACGCAAACUGUUCCUCCAGAGAUGUUCAUCAAGGUGCUAUUCUUCACUACCUCUACUUCAGACUGUCUGGAGAUGGUACUGUAAUGUCACAAAUUAAUAAAAAUUGCCGUCUUCCAAUAGUUUCCUGAAGCUAUUCUAAAACUCCUGGAGGUAACAUAAUUGGAUAUCUGUUCAAUGAGAAAUAACAUUAUACAUGCUAAUGAAGUUCUAAACGAGUUUUGUCUUGAUAUUUUAUGUCUGAUGGAAAUUUGGCUGUUAGAGUCUAAUAUAUCAGUUAUUACCGAUGUUUUCCCCAGGUUCCAUUAUUACCUUCUUCUUGAUAUGUUUGGACGUUUUAUAUCUGACUGGAGACAGUUUCUAAGAAUUGCUGACGACAUUUUUCGUCUGACUAGAAGCCUCGUGCUGUUCAGGUGAAAUCAUUUGAAGAAGGAAACAUUUUGUAAUCAGCUCCCAAACUCUGUAACGAGUUGCUAGUGUCUCUUAAUAUUCAGGAAAUUGUUCAUGCUUCUAAGUUUAAAUUGAAAGGAUGUUUCUGCUGAUCAUUCUCUCACUUUGAAAUAUACAUUUUCACAUUCCUCUUGAUUGUUAUUGUUCUACUUAUGGUUUUGUGUACGAACGAUUGUGAACUUCUUGAAAGAGCAAGCUCUAAUAAAAUAUAAAAUCUAAUUUAAAAAA